AUGGGACUGGAUAGUUGGACUCAAAUCUACGAUUCAGGAAUGAACAUCAACCCAGGAAUGGCCCCUCUGUCUCCAGGACUGGGUGGCAGCUCGCCGCUGUCCUCGAUGUCACCCAAGAAGACCACUCUCCAGUCCCUGGGGUCUCUGUCAUCAGGGAUGUUCUCCCCCUCGCUGGCAAGGGCCUCCUGCCAUCAGGGGAAAGAGGCCUCGAGCCACUUGAGCUCCCCCAGCCCGUCCAUCAUGAGCUCACCAAAACUAUGGCAGAAAGCGUCCAUAUCUAGAUUGGCAGAGGAGUUUUUCUGGAUCGGGGGCAGCAUGGUUGCACAGCCUAAAUGGAGGCUGGGUCAAAUAGUGGAGAGGUGUAUGUGCACCAUGCAGACUGGCACUCAGAUGACCAAACUGAAGGGGAAGAAGAAAGGUCUGGUCCGCUUCUUCUACCUGGACGAGCACAAGUCCUGCAUCAGAUGGCGGCCGUCCAGGAAACACGACAAGGCCAAAAUAACUAUUGAUUCAAUCCAUGAAGUCUGUGAGGGAAAGAAAUCUGAGAUCUUCCGGAGGUACGCGGACAACCGUUUCGACCCAAACUGCUGCUACAGUAUUUAUUAUGGGGAGCGAGUGAAGUCCCUGGACCUGGUCUCAAACAGCGCAGAGGAGGCCCGCACCUGGAUCUCUGGGCUGAAAUACCUCAUGGCUGGGAUCAGUGACGAAGACAGUCUGGCCCGGCGUCAACGAACCCGUGAUCAGUGGCUACAGCAGACUUUCUCUGAGGCCGACAAAAACGGAGACGGCACCCUGAGCAUCGGAGAAGUUCACCAGCUGCUCCACAAACUCAACGUGAAUUUACCCAAACAGAAAGUCAAAGAGAUGUUUCAAGAGGCAGACACAGACGACAACCAAGGCUCUCUGGGCUUUGAAGAAUUCUGUUUGUUCUACAAGAUGAUUUCCACACGCAGAGACCUCUAUCUGAUAAUGAUCUCCUACAGCAACCAGAAAGAAGUCAUGGAUCUCCACGACCUUGCACGUUUCCUGGAAAAUGAACAGAAGAUGCGAGGCCUGGCCAAAGAGUAUCUAGUUGACAUAGUGGCAAAGUUUGAGCCAUGUCCUGAGAACCUGCAGCGGACGGUACUGGGUAUCGAUGGUUUCACCAACUACAUGCGGAGUCCCUUAGGAGACAUCUUCAACCCCGAGCACAAUCAGGUGAACCAGGACAUGACACAGCCUUUGUGUAACUACUUCAUUUCCACAUCACACAACACCUACCUGACAGGUGACCAGCUACUGUCUCAGUCCAGGGUGGAAAUGUAUGCCUACGUUCUCCAGGCAGGCUGUCGCUGUGUGGAGGUGGACUGCUGGGAUGGACCCGAUGGAGAGCCCAUUAUCCACCAUGGUUACACCUUGACAUCAAAAAUCCUCUUCAAAGAGGUUAUCGAAACGAUCGACAAAUAUGCCUUCACGAAAUCACAGUACCCAGUGAUCCUGUCCAUAGAGAACCACUGCACUGUGCCUCAGCAGAAAAAGAUGGCUGAGUACCUAAGAGAAGUGCUGCAGGACAAACUGGACCUGUCCACAGUCAACGUGCAUGACUGCAAGAAGCUGCCCUCCCCUGAGAUACUGAAAGGAAAAGUUCUCGUCAAGGGGAAAAAGCUGGCGGCAAACCUCGACCCCGAUGCUGAGGAAGGUGAUGUGUCUGAUGAAGACACUGGUGAUGAUGAUGAAGAGGAUGAAGAUGAUGAUGACCCACAGGCAAGUGAAACAUGAGUUGAUUGAUGGAUGGUUUUUAGGUUGGUUGGGUUAGGUGCUACUUCUAAAGAUCAACAUAAGAAGAAGAGACGAUUUGGCAGAUCGAUCAUGAGGAGCUUCAAACGAAAGAGGAAAAAGAGAAUUCGAGUGAAAAACAAGUCAAUGUCUGAGGGAGAAUCAGACAGCAGCAGGGAAAGGACCCAAAUUGUUUACCACCCAAAGAAGAGGAAAACAAUGAGGCUGUCUCGAGCUUUGUCCGACCUGGUCAAAUACACUAAAUCUGUUCGUGUCCACGACAUAGAAACACAAGCAUUUUUGAACAGUUGGCAGGUAUCGUCCCUCAAUGAGACUGUGAUGAACCAGAUCUUACAGCUGAAGCCAGGUGAGCUGGUGCGUUUCAACCAGCGGCAGCUCCUCAGAGUCUACCCAUCCAACUACAGAGUGGACUCCAGCAACUUCAACCCUCAACCAUACUGGAAUACAGGAUGCCAUAUGGUUGCGAUGAACUAUCAAACAGAGGGACGCAUGCUCGAACUGAACCGAGCCAAGUUCUCAACCAAUGGAAACUGUGGUUAUAUCCUGAAGCCUAAGUGCAUGCAUAAAGCUGCCUUCAACCCAAUGUUGGAGGAUCCUCUGCCAGGACGCAGAAAGACACAGUUAGUGCUCAAGAUUAUCAGUGGUCAGCAGCUUCCCAAACCUAAAGACUCCAUGUUUGGGGACAGAGGAGAGAUUAUUGAUCCCUUUGUAGAGGUUGAGAUCAUCGGUCUAAAUAAUGAUUGUUCCAAGCAGCAGACCAGGGUCGUGGAUGAUAACGGUUUCAACCCAAUGUGGGAGGAGACCCUCGUCUUCAAUAUUCAGAUGCCACAGAUCGCCCUGGUGCGUUUCCAGGUGUGGGAUCAUGAUCCCAUUGGGCAAAAUUUCAUUGGACAGAGGACUGUUGCUUUCACCAGUAUGAUGCCAGGUUAUCGGCAUGUGUACCUGGAAGGGAUGGCAGAGGCAUCCAUUUUUGUUCAUGUUGCUAUCUAUGAUAUAUCAGGAAAGAACAAACCCUCUAAUGCAGUGCAAGCUGCCAGAAAACACAUCAAGAAAGCAGCUCAGAAGCACAUGAAGGGUCCUCCACGGCAGACGUCUCUGGACUUCUCCGUCCAGUCCUCGGAAGAUGGACGGGCUCUCUAUUUCCGCAAGGAUCUGGAUACCAUCUCUCAGGACAGCAGGAACGGGGAUCUGUCCUUUCUGGCUCAAGGGCCAGCCGCCAAGGGUGCCAUCCACAAAGGGGCCAUGAGCGAGCCAGUGAGGCGAGCUCAUAGAGUUAAAAUUCAUGAACCAGCCGAGACAAGGAGAGGAAUCUUCAGCCGGAUGUCCUCCAUUGACUCCCACCACAUGGGGGCUGCUCCCUGUGUGAUAGCCGAGAGCUUUGACCUUGAGACCUCUUCCCAGGCUUCGUGUCCAGACGGUCCUGCUCCCGACAGCCAAAAUCGAAUUCAAGAAGAAGCAGAGAAUGAACUUCAUGAACCACCAGAGUCAAGCUGUGCAGAGCAGGAGACCGUUCACACAUUAGAACAAGAGGACCCUAGAAAAUCUGACAAAUUACCAGUAAAACCAGAACCUGAAAAACCACCAGAAACUCAGAGUUUGACUGAUUCACUGCCUCAGCAUCGGCCUGUGCCACAGCCUCUUUCCCAGCCUGAAGCCAAACCUACUCCUCUUAUCCCUCCAUCUUCCCCUGCCAGGGUAAGACGGACCCUGGAGGCUCCAGCCACCCCCCGGCCUUUUACCCUGACACGGACAAAGGUCCGCUCACGUAGUUGCCCUCGAAAACCAACUACCUCCCCUCACAUGGUGAACCAGCAACUCCAAUGGCAGACGCAUCGAGCACCAAAAUAUGGCAGCUACAGUAACCGUGUGAAGCAGGUACCCAAUGGUCUCUGCCUGUCGGACAGCACAUCAGGCGGCAGCAGCGGCGGCAGCACAGACAGCCUGGAGUUUGUGCCCUCCUGUGUGCCAGCUGACACAGGGCAGCGUGAAGGGACUCUGCAGAGGGAGAUGAGGAACCUGUUUGACCAAAAGAUUCGAGAAAUCCACUGUAAAUCGCCACUUUUUCCCGACGAUGAUACGGCAGAUUUGAUUUGA